CGCGAUCUGAACAGCUUCAGGAGGGAGAGAGGGGCAGAGGAGAGAGCGAGCGGUCUCUGCAGCUGAAGCUGCUGCCCUGCUCCCCAGGCUAGUCCGUUAGUUAGCUAGCUUAGCGACGUCCGCCCUGCGYCCAGCCAGCCGCGGAUCAUUCCGAGUAUCUGCCUUUACCUCCCGGGUUUUCUUUGCCCGACCACCCGGCUCCAAGAUGAUGAAGUUUAGGUUUCGUCGGCAGGGCACCGACCCGCAACGAGAGAAGAUAAAGCAGGAGCUUUUCGCUUUCAACAAGACUGUGGGGCAUGGGUUCCCUCACCAGCCCAGUGCUCUGGCCUUCGACCCCAAGCUGCAGCUGAUGGCCAUCGGCACAAAGUCGGGCGCCAUAAAAAUCUAUGGAGCYCCUGGUGUGGAGUUCACAGGAAUACACAAAGACACCACCGCUGUCACGCAGAUCCACUUCCUGCCUGGUCAGGGUCGUCUUCUGUCCUUGCUGGAUGAUAACUCKAUUCAUUUGUGGGAGCUGGUAUUUGCACCCGCAAGGGAGGUGGGAGGAGCUAAGAAAGAAGGUGUGGUCUCUCUUAAACAAGUGGACAGCUACAGCCUCCCAGGAAGACCUGGGAUCGAGAGCUGCAGUGCUACGCGGGUGACUGUUCUCCUCUUGCUAAAAUCAUGUGACCUGCUGUGCAUUGGAGCAGAAGGAGGAGGGGUUUACUUCCUGCAAUUGCCCCGCCUCUCUCUAAAGGAGAACCAGACACUGCUUCAAGACUCGAUCACACAGAGGCUGCCUGAUGACUACAGAUGUGGAAAAUCAUUAGGACCAGUGGAAUCUCUCCAGGAACAUCCUCAGCAGCCAGGGAAGAUUCUGAUUGGCUACAGCCGAGGACUGGUGGUCCUGUGGGAUUUAGGCACCCGCUAUGUGGACCAGAUGUUUCUCGGCAAGCAGCAGCUGGAGAGUCUGGUCUGGGAACGCUCUGGAAACUUAUUUGUCAGUUCCCAUAAUGAUGGUGGUUACUCAGUGUGGGCGGUUAGCAGCGACAUCACCUGCAGUCAGCAGCCGGUGUCCUCCACCAUCCCUUACGGUCCRUUUCCUUGUAAAGCCAUCAACAAGAUCUUGUGGAGGACUUCACAGUCCGGUUCCCCAGUGUUGUUGUACAGUGGAGGGAUGCCAAGAGCCAGCUAUGGGGACCGGCACUGUCUGACCGUCCAGCAGGACAAAGAGCACGUCACUUUGGACUUCACGUCUCGAGUGAUUGAUUUCUUCACUGUCCACAACACGGACCCAGAGAAAGAGUUUGACGACCCGUCGGCUUUAGUCGUGUUACUAGAAGAGGAGCUGGUCGUGAUCGAUCUGCAGACGCACGGGUGGCCCUCCCUGCCGACCCCCUACCUCGCUCCUCUUCACUCCUCAGCCAUCACCUGCUCCUGCCACAUCACCAGCGUCCCUCCCAAACUCUGGGAGAGGCUAAUAAAUGCAGGGAAAGCACAACGAGGGCGCCAGCACACGCACAUGGUGGGCUGUUUCGAUCCGUACAGUGACGAUCCUCGGCUCGGCAUCCAGAAGAUGAGUUUGUGUAAAUACAGCAACAAGCUGCUGGUGGCAGGAACCGCCGGACAGGUGAUCGUGUUGGGUUUUAACGACGAGCGUUCAGACCAUUCGGUGGACGUGUCGGUGGUCGACCUCCUGCAGGACAGGGAGGGUUUCACCUGGAAGGGUCACGACCGGCUGGAGCCGCGUCUCAAACCUGCCCCGUUCCCCCCGGGCUUUCAGCCCCUGGUGCUGGUUCAGUGCCURCCCCCGGCGUCGGUCACGGCAGUGGCGCUGCACACCGAGUGGAACCUCAUCACCUUCGGAACCAGUCACGGAUUCGGCCUCUUUGACUACCACAGACGAAAUUCUGUGCUGGCCAGGUGCACCCUGCACCCAAAUGACUCCUUGGCAAUGGAGGGACCCCUGUCCAGGGUCAAGUCUUUGAAAAAAUCCCUUCGACAAAGUUUCAGGCGCAUCCGCAAGAGCAGGGUGUCCGGAAAGAAACGUGUCAUCACCACACCCAUCAGCAAGGUUCAAGAGGCCAAUGCUGCCCUAGCCGAGCAGGAGGAUAUCGCUCCGGUGCAGCGGAGGAUUGAGCCCCGCUCUGCAGAUGACUCUCUGUCCGGAGUGGUCAGGUGUCUCUGCUUUGCAGACACAUUCCUGCGAGACGGUACUCAUCACGGCCCCACGCUCUGGGCCGGGACGAACUCGGGCAGCGUGUACGCCUACGCUCUGGAGGUGCCCRGCGUGGGUUCGGGCCGUGUGUGCGAGCGGGGCGGAGCCAGCGAGGGCAGCUCGUGCGUGGAGGCGGUGUUGGGGAAGGAGAUCCAGCUGAUGCACAGGGCUCCCGUUGUGUCCAUAUGUGUUCUGGACGGGCGGGGGAAACCACUGCCAGACCCGUACGAAGCCUCGCAGGACCUCGCCAUCGCACCCGAUAUGACCAACGCUCACUCUGUCCUCAUCGCCUCAGAGGAACAGCUCAAGGUCUUCUCUCUCCCCAAAGUCAGCGCCAAGACCAAGUUCAAGCUGACGGCUCACGAAGGCUGCCGGGUGAGGAAGGUCGCCCUGGUUCUCUUCAGCUCAGUUGCUCAGGAGGACUACAGCGAACACACACUCAUCUGCCUCACCAACCUCGGAGACAUGCACCUGUUCAACAUCCCCGCCCUCCGACCUCAGGUUCGUUACGACUGCAUCCGUAAAGAGGACAUUAGUGGCAUCGCGUCAUGCGUCUUCACCAAGAAUGGACAGGGGUUUUACCUGAUCUCUCCUUCAGAGUACGAGAGGUUCUCCCUGUCUGCCAAAGUUCUGACAGAACCACUCUGCUCUGUGCAGCUGGACCGACCUCUGGAACUCACAAUCGCCCGUGGUGGUGCAACAACGCAGCUGCAGGCCAACGGAACCCACAAAAACCAGAUGGGUCAGGCUGAAGGACACACACCGGAGCCGCCCAGCUCACUGUCCUCCCCCAUCCUGGACACCCCGCUGGACUCCCCCCUCAGCUGCGCCGACCUCACCCUCGACUCAACCGGGGAGCUGACUGUGGAGGACGUCAGAGAUUUCCUAACGACUGUGGACGAAGUGGAAAAUAAUCUGAAGAACAUGAAAGAUGAGGAGGGACGCUCCGCCGGGCUCCUCAUCAACUGAACAGUUUUUUUUUUUUUUUUUUUUUUUUGGACGUUGUAGCAUCUCCACUCUUCAUUUAGGUGCCACUGAGUAGGUGGAGGUGAUGUAGACGUCAACAGCUCAUCAGAACACGUUGAAGAAAUUAACUGGAACAAUGAAGGUUUGUGUUGCGACUGAAUGUUUUUGUAUUGCUAUGUGAGAAAGUAAAUCUAUUUUAAAAAGGCUAAAAGUUGGGAGUGGGUGGGCAUAAAAAUCACACUGUGACUUUAAGGAUCAGCAGCUGGAGAGGAGGCUGACCUUUGACCAUGUGCCAUGUGACAGGAAGUCAUCGGGACCACAUCUAUUACAGUAUCACUGAACUGCAAGCUGUAGGMGGGAAAAUACUUCUCAUAGCUUCAACGUUAAAAAUAAAGUUUCAGGUUUUCAUGUCAUUUUCUGCUAAAAUUAGGUAAAAAAAUUGAAUAAAAAUGUUUUCCCAGCAGUUUCUAUAUAAAAGUGGAUAAAGUUGAAGGAAAUCUGUAGACAGGACUCAGGGAAGUGUUGCAAAGUCAGUCUGAAAGUGUUGCGUACUCUGGGUAAUGUUGCCAACAAGUCUAGCUUUGAUCAGCAGUAUUUUAAACUUUUUAAUUUUAAUGUUACAAUAAGUGUGCGACUGUAAACCAGCAUCAAAGCACCGGACCCUAAAACCUAGACUGAAGUAGCUCAACAUGAAGUCUUAUCGAAGUAUUGUUGAUGUUCUACGAACUAAAUUAACAGUUUCAUGCUACAGCUGGUAUAACUGAACCUUUUAACCCCACAGUUGAGUUUCCAGUGUCUGUUUCAUUUGUAGAAAUGUAUUAAUUUGAUUAUUUAGCAUUUUGGCUGUUGAAUUGUGAAUGUUAAUAAAAUGUAUUUACUCUAA